GAAUUGUAGGUAACCAUAUAUAUUAUGGCACAUUAAGUUUAUCUCAGGCGUCAAUAUCGUGUAGUACAAGUUCGUUCUUCGUUAAAAAUGGCUGCAUACUAUUGGGUUGAUACAGUGGCUCGUGGAGGCAUUCCAUCCACUGCUUUGCACGGUGGUGUAGAUAUCGACGGGCAUCAAAUUUACGUUGGAAGGGCUUUUCACGAUGGUGAUUGGAUUCCGGCGAAAGUCAUUCCUGGAAAACAAGUGGCUUAUGUAGCUUACGGUGGGGACGAAAUAGCUGUAGACCAUUUCCAAGUUCUCUGUGAACAACGUUUUGAUUGGGUUCCUUCUGGUGGAGGCCAUAUUCCUCCAGGAGCUGUUGAAGGAGGUAGAACGUCAGAUGGAGAACCUUUGUACAUCGGUCGAACUCAUCAUGAAGGUUCGCUAACUGUUGGCAAAGUUCAUCCUAGUCACGGAGUUCUGUAUAUUCCAUUUGACGGAAAGGAAAUUCCUUCUCCACAUUACGAAAUCCUUGUGCUUAGACCUUAAAUUAUGUUACUUUGUCAAGAAAUAUGCCAGUAGAUGAGUAGGAACUUUUGAAAUAUGUGUUUCCGAGUUGUUUUCGUUUUUAUUUCCCUUAAAACAACCUUUAAACAGGUCGAAUAUUUUUAUCAUUAUUUAAAUAAUACGCAAAUAAACUUUUUGUUACAAAUAAA